GGGAUGGGAUAGUCGGGACGAUAGGUUGCGACUAGACGAUGAAAAUCCCCCACCAGCUGUAAUUUACGAAUGUCAAAAUUGUCAAAAUAUAGAAAACGCGGGAAACUGACCUAUCAGAUAUUUUUGUUGUUUGUUUAAAAAGGGGCGAAAUCUUCUGUGGGAUUCCCAAACAUCUGUACAAAAACUGGGCAAAAUUUCAAAUGGACGAAGUUGAUGGUAAUUGUCUAGGAAAAAUGCAAGAGUCUAAUGAAAAUAUGCAGGAGUCGAAUGGAAAUAAUUCGCCACUUGUUGAGGCAAUAAACAAUAAUUACAAUGAGACUGAGACUUCACAAGCCGAAGCCGCAAUUGGCCCCACAGAUAACUAUUACAAGAUGGACCACGAAUAUCGUGGCCUACUAAUCAUAUUCAAUCAAGAGACUUUCAAUAAAGACACAAAUCAGGCGCCUAGAACUGGGACUGACGAGGACGUAAGAAAAAUUCAAAACUGCUUUACUGCUUUGGGUUUUGUAGUUCAUCCUUACAAGGAUAUGACUUUGGAGCAGAUAAGGCAACACAUUAGAAAAUAUGUGCUGCAUGAUUAUUACCACAAAAAAAGAGACUGCUUUGCUAUUUUUGUUCUCACUCAUGGCAAUAAAGAUGAACUGUGGGCAAAAGAUACUUAUUAUGAUCCGGCUGUUGAAUUGUGGGGACAGUUUACUAGUGACAAAUGUCCUUCUCUAGCUGGAAAGCCCAAAUUAUUUUUUCUUCAAGCUUGUCAGGGGCAAAAUUUUGAUUAUGGUAUAAAAUUGGAAUUACCUCGAUUGAAACAACCUGGUUACACAGAAUUUGAUGGGCACUUUUCUUACAAUUUACCUGUGAAUGCGGAUUUUUUGAUUUUCUAUGCUACUUAUGAAGGUUACUAUGCAUUUCGUAAUGAUGUUACUGGAUCUCCUUGGGUCACAAUACUCUGCCAGGAGCUGCAAAAACACCACAAAAAUUCGGACAUAUUGACUAUUUUGACUUUUGUCAAUCGGCGAUUGGCUAUAGAGUAUUCAUCGAACAAUAGCAGUGAAUCAAGCAAAGAUGGCAAAAAACAGAUAUCGUAUUUUAAAAGUUCCUUAAUCAGGCUGCUGGUUUUUGGAGAAAAAUGACUUGUGAUUUACAUACCUGCCUCAAUCUAAUCUCAAACUAGUCCUAAGCAGAAUUUUUUUAUUAUUCUAUUUAUUGAGAAUUUGUCUAGUUCUUAAGUUUCAUACUUUCAUAUGUGUAUUGAUUUACUUUGUACAUACUGUUGGAUGCCAUUGAUCCCAACCACUAAUUUUUAAGAAAAAAUACCUAAUAUAAUAGCUAUAAAUAUUUAUUUAUCAAAAAAAGUUUUUUUUUUCUUCAUAAAAUUUCCAAGUACUUAAAACCACAGGAUUUUAAAAUGUUGGUAAACUUUAUUCCUCAGCAGUAGUAAAAGAAGCAACAGAGGGAAGGGCCGACAUAGCAUCCUGGAAACUCUGGGCAGUGAAAUCGUCAAAGGAAGCCAAGGAAAUCACUGCAAAAAGGACCAUUGCGAUAUUGUAUUUGUCUUGCGGUGCCAUGCAACAUUGGUAAUCUUGUCUUCUGUAGACACA